CGGCUCCCCGCGCCGAUGGGGCGGCCGGGGUACCUCACGCUGCCCAUCUUCUCCGUGCUCGCGGCGAUCGGCUACGUCUACUACACCACCGUCUUCCUCGCCGUCGCCGGCUGGCUCGGCCUCGCCACGGCCGCCGGGGUCGCCAACGCCGCCGCCUUCACGGCCCUCGCUGCCGCCUGCCUCGCCACCUACGCCGCCGCCGCCUCCCGGGACCCGGGCAGGGUGCCGCCCGCCUACCUGCCCGACGUCGAGGACGCCGAGAUCCCCGUCCACGAGGUCAAGCGCAAGGGUGGUGAUUUGAGAUAUUGCCAAAAAUGUGGCCAUUAUAAGCCUCCACGUGCACACCAUUGCCGUGUGUGCAAGCGAUGUGUUCUAAAAAUGGACCAUCAUUGUAUUUGGAUUAAUAACUGUGUUGGACAUGAGAACUACAAGAUCUUCUUGGUCUUUGUAUUAUAUGCUGUAAUUGCAUGCUUCUAUUCUAUGAUUCUGAUUGUGGGGAGUCUCCUGUACAGUGCUCCGAAAGCUGAACAGUUAGGCAGUGAUUCUUCUAAAACAUCGAUUAUCAUUUGUGGGGUCAUUCUUUGCCCAUUAAGUUUGGCUCUGACAGUGCUCUUGGGCUGGCAUGUCUACCUUAUAUUACAGAACAAAACUACAAUAGAGUACCAUGAAGGAGUUAGAGCAAUGUGGUUGGCAGAAAAGGGUGGAGACCUUUAUCAUCAUCCAUAUGACCUUGGUGUCUAUGAGAAUCUCAUUUCAGUGCUGGGACGUAGCAUAUUCUGCUGGCUUUGCCCAGUAUCAACUAAUACAGGCAAUGGCCUUCGGUUCCGUGCAUCAUAUGAUGUUCCAUUAUCUACACCACCGUGCGAUUUACAGAAGAUAGCAUUACAUUCACAUUAGCAGGUCAGCUGAUACUUAAAACCCGUAAGUGUAAUAUACGGGAGAAGGUACCUGCUGCUCCAGGAGUAUUUCCUCACUCCAGGGAUCUAUUGUGGUGUUUGGACAUGGAUAUAUUGACCUAGUCGUUCUUUUGUUCUUCGUACUAUGAGAAAGAUCACCAUUGCCUACUUGCCUUGACCCUAAUCUGGAUUGGGCUAUGCUUGUAUGCAAAGAGUUCAAAGCAAGGCAAUUCUGUUGUAAAGUAACUGUACAUACUGUGUUCAAAAGCCAUAUACCGCAUGAAAAGAACAUGGAAAUUUUCUGA